AUCCCUACUUCCUGAUGCAAAGGUUAAUUAGUUCUUGUCUGUUUUUACAAGUGUAUAUGAAAUAAAUAAUACUCUUAUAGAUAAGAAAAUAAUAUUUUAUUUUUGAUAACAAUUAAUAAGUGGUGUCAAACAAUAAUAUAACAAACAAAAUUUACAGCAGACCCGUUCAUCAAACUCAAAUCAUGUUUUUCAACGUGUUGUUAAUUUUAUAUGGCAUACAAAUUGCUUCAAGUGUGAAAUAUGAACCAACGUGGGAAAGUCUUGACGACCGCCCCUUGCCAGAAUGGUACGAUAAAGCAAAAGUUGGAAUUUUUCUCCAUUGGGGUGUCUAUUCAGUACCCAGUUUUGGAGGCGAAUGGUUCUGGAAUCACUGGGAAAGGGGUGACAAUGACACUGUCGAGUUUAUAAAAAAAAAUUACCCACCAGAUUGGACUUACCAAGACUUUGCCCCGCUAUUUACUGCCGAAUUUUACGAUCCAUUCAUGUGGGUAAACCUUUUUCUGAAAUCUGGGGCCAAGUAUAUAGUCUUGACAAGUAAACACCACGAAGGAUAUACCUUGUGGCCGUCAAAAUAUUCAUUCAGUUGGAACGCCAAUGAUGUUGGCCCCCAUCGUGAUCUUCUAGGUGAUCUCGCGAAGCGAGUUAAAGCCAGAGGUCUUCAUUUCGGGGUUUACCACUCCUUGUUCGAGUGGUACCAUCCCCUGUAUCUACAAGACAAAACGAAUAAUUGGAACACUUCUGAUUUUGUUGACUUGAAAAUAAUCCCGGAAAUGAAAGAACUGAUCACCACUUAUGAACCGGAAGUGCUCUGGUCUGACGGAGAAUGGGAAGCUCCUGAUACCUACUGGAAAUCCAAAGACUUCCUUGCCUGGCUUUAUAACGAAAGUCCCGUGAAAGACGUUAUUGUGACUAACGAUAGAUGGGGAAGUAACACGAUGUGCACUCACGGCGGUUUUUACACUUGUUCUGAUAGAUACAAUCCAGGUUUUUUAUUACCACGCAAAUGGGAAAAUGCAAUGACUGUGGACGGACCUUCAUGGGGUUACAGAAGGAAUGCCAUGAUUUCUGACAUUCUGACUCCUUCUGAACUGAUAACGACACUUGUGGAGACCGUUAGUUGCGGUGGAAAUAUCCUUAUCAAUGUUGGGCCGACCAAAGAAGGCACAAUUUCUCCAAUAUUCCAGCAACGAUUAAUGCAACUUGGGACAUGGUUAUCAAUUAAUGGAGACGCAAUCUAUGACAGUAGUCCAUGGACUGCACAAAAUGACACCUCACCAGCUCCUAUAUGGUAUACAGCUAAGAAUGAAACUGUAUACGCAAUAGUCUUGGAAUGGCCUACUAAAAAUGUUGUAACCUUACAGCAUCCGGAUAUUAUUAAUUUUUUUACACAAACAAAACCAUCAGUCACGCUUCUAGGAAAUGAUGAAACUCUGUUGAGUGAUCCUAGUGAUACCCAAGUAACUGUGACUUUACCUGAUAAAGCAACAGUUGCAAGUGAGUGGGGCUGGGUCCUUAAAAUGGUGCCCACAAAUACUAUAUAAAAAUAAUUACAACAAAUUUCAAAUACAAUAUGUAAUGUAAAUACUGUAAUAAGAAUAACCUUUCGUAAAAUAAAAAAAUACAAAACACCUUAAGCACC